AUGAGGUAUCGUAUAUUACCCAGGGACCCCCCAAUACUGUCGGCGCACAGUAACUCCGACAUCCUGCUGCGGCUGCCGGGAGGCAAGCGCCUGAGGGACAUCAAGUGGCUCAGCGUGUGGUGCCGCAGGUUUACUGUUCCAGAUGGUCAGUCGAAUCACCUGAAUCUCUUCAACUCGAGGCCGCAGCCAAAGAAGAAGCGGAAAUCGAGAACAGCCUUCACGAACCACCAAAUCUUCGAACUGGAGAAACGGUUUCUGUACCAGAAGUACUUAUCGCCGGCCGACAGAGACGAGAUAGCGAGCUCACUCGGCCUAUCCAACGCGCAAGUCAUCACGUGGUUCCAGAACAGACGAGCGAAGCUCAAACGAGACAUGGAGGAGCUGAAAAAAGACGUGGAAAGUGCUAAAGUGCUCUCAGCUCACAAAAGCUUCUUAGAAAACGUGACUGAUCUCGGGAUCCUAAAGAAGAAGGCCAUGAGUAUAGGCGCGAGUGAGGAGGCGGCCACCAACCUAGUAGUGAACGCGUCCAAAUGAAACGAGGCAACACGCGCGAUCGCGACCGACCUCACCUACGAUCGACGCGUGCUCGACUAUUAAGCCCAAUAGUCGAUUACUCAGUGACAAUUUUAUCGUGUAACAACACUAUUGAAUUGAAUUUUUAGUACGAACAUUCUAGUGACGUUAGAUGUUUUUAUCUUCACUAUUAAUAGUAUUUCGUAAAGUACAUCACUAUUUAAUACGUCUGUAAAUAGUAUUAGUUGACCGUAGUGUAUUGUUGUACAAAUCUUAUGAAGCUUCGUUCGAAAUAAAUGUGAUAGUUGAUUUUAUUAUUUAAGUACUUAAUAUUUUAUAGAGAUAUUCCUAAAUUAUUUAUUUUUGUUGGAUUGUCAGCUGGCUUACGGGACAACAUUAUUUUUUAUUUAAUUUAAAGA